AUCGCCACUGGAUUUACAAAGAGUUAAAGUCCUUCAACUGGAAUGAUCUUGGAGGACAGAACAAAAAGCUCUGAGGGCUUUCCCUCCAACGGCGACUGGGAAAACAAGAAUUCUAAAAAGGGCGGCGGCAUCCUGCGGCCCAAGUUCUUGUGCGCCGCCGACUACGCCUUCUACCUGCGCCGGCACCUAUCCUGCGAGCGGCGGCGCAACGACCCGGCGGUCGGGGCGCCCGGCGACGAGACCCUCUCCGCCGGCAUUCCCCGCCUUUCCUUCCUUUUGAGGAGGCUCGAAGAGGACAUCCACACCACAUACCUCAGCUUCCUAGAGGAGUUUGUAUCCGAUCUGCACGACGGACUGGGCUGUCUGCUGAGUCUGCUGCGCACGUGCGGGGAGAGGCAGAAAGGAGCGGGACUCUUCACUUACGCCACCUGUGGCAGGGCGAGGAACUACGUCAUCCAUCGAGGGGCAAUCGAUGAAUUUUAUUGUUUACUUUGUUUGAAAGCAUGUACGAAAAGCUCGUUGGCAGUUUCCAAAAUGUCGGAACACAAGACUGGACUGGCCAGCAUCGCUUCUUGCAUCACGAGCACGCACAUGCGGUCCAGAAUCGUGGCCAUUGAGUUGCUGACGGUGGUGUGUCGCAGCGGAGAGAGCGGCCACUCCCGGGUAGUGGAGGCGAUGAGUGCCGUCCGAGUCCUCUUCGGCGAGUCGGUGCGGUUCAAGUGUCUGGUGUCCGUCCUUAACAGCAACCUGCUCGGCGCGGCCGGCCUCGAGACGACAACACUCGUGUUUUUGAACACCUUGCUGGAUCAGUGUCGAAAGUUGUCGGACCGAAUUCGUAUCCAAAGUGAGCUGGAAGAAGCUGGAUUAGACAUCGACCUCUUGGAGAAACAGCUGCGUGGUAAAUUCGGCGAAGGUUAUUCUUCUCAUCGAGUUUGGGCCGAGAUCGAUAAGUGGCGAGAAUUGAGAGUAGAUCUGCAGGAUGCCCUUCACAAGCACCAAGAAAACAUCCAGCUGAAGAGAGAGGUUGAACUUCUGAAAGACGCUUUAAAAAGACUACGAGAUGAACGAAAAGGUAUCCUCAGCAUACACAGUCAGUUGAAGGGGCAAUGGAACAGUAUGGAACAAAGGCUUCAAGAUUUGACACUGAAGUCUCGGGUUCUGACGACGUCCAGCUCGGCUUCUUCUUCGUCUGAGGACAUAAAUUCCCCUCCCCAGCACGAGUCGGAGUUGGACGAGAUCCUGAUCGACAUCCCCACCAUACCGGCGGGCUCCAUCCUGGACGUUACCACGAAGCAACAGUAUAUAAUUCCGUCGAUUCCGCCCCCACUCCCUCCGAACCACCCGCGGCUGUCUGACUCUGGCGUGGGCAGCAGUCACUCCCCUCCAGACUCUGAGCCGGAUUCCUGGAACGGCCCGGACCACCGUCGGAACAGCUCCGGAAGGGUGCGCUUCUCUGACACGGGAACACGGAGGAGAGUUUCCAGCUCGGAAGUCCUGCACUCAGAAUCGUUCUCCGGCGCCGUCAAGCUCCUGCCGGGCCAUAAUCCAGUCCGAUGCGCCGACAUCCAGGGAGUCCCUCCUCCUCUCCCGGCAAGGCCCAAGAAGAGGCGCUCCCACUCGGCGGGUCGCUCCAUCCUGCCCAAGUCGCUGCAGCGACUGAGCCGCAAGAACAGCCGCAGUGCCUGCGACCUGAACGAACGCAACGAGAAGAGACCCCCUUCCCGGAUGGGCAGCAGCCUAGAUGGCAUGAUCCACCGAGAGAUCGCCAAAGCCAUCAGGGACAGGCACGCGCUCUUCGAACCUUGAUGGCCAAGUCUCGGGGAAAAGAGCGCCCCUUUCAUUUCUGCAAGGUAGAAGAACUCGAUUGUUUUAGGAUGAAGGCGAAGGUUGUAAUCAAGAAAAGACGGAGGGAGGAAACUGUAUUUUGGCAUCUUUAUUGGCCUACAGAGUCCGAUGAAGUCGAAGUGUUGCCCUCUUCAUGAGAAAAUACACGUACGGGGGCUUUUUUUUUUUUUUUCUUUUUUCCAGGUCCGAUCGAUACGAAAUAAAAACUAUAGUGAGAAUGAAAACUUUAGUUUCGAAUAGUUUAGACAUAUCAUGUAUCCUCCACUUCACUUCAUAGUCACUAUUCAAAUUGACACAUUUGUGGUAGUGAGGCACUAACUUUCUCUACCUUUGCCAUAGAAAGCAGCCGCCAGAUCUUGCAGCCAAAUCUCGACACUGGUUUGAACCAAACUUUUUGUCCCCUGAGCUAGAAUACCAUGGAAACGAUUGGAAAUCCUAGGAAGAGAAGUUCAAGCUGUAACGGUCUGUCAAUAUGCAUCUUGAGUCUCCGUACAUCUUUCUUCAAAGCUUCAACACCAUUUUUGCAUGUUGCUCUUCCUUAUGAUUUUUUCCCCCAACACAUCACUUCUUGAUACAGACACAUUACUUUGUGAUUUCUGACACAUUGAACCCCUCCUCAGCAGGAAGAAAUCUAAAUGACAAUAAGAAGUAUAUUUACAUACUCACUGUGCUAUGACCUGUGCGCGACCUGAUAUGAAAGUAAUGGUGUCCACAGACUCGUAAUACAUAAGGUUAAGUAAGCCCUGCUAUGGUCAACAACACUAUUUCUGUGUUAAAAUGUGUUACACGUAUUAAUGUUUUGUGAUUCCUUCAUAAAGUACGUAAACCUGUUUCAAUAAAUUGACACUAACGGGAUCAAGGUGCUUGUAGUUUGCAGUACUCAUCGAACCUGAGCGGCAGCUUCGAAUGUAAAUGCAAAAGACUUACUUAGGUACGUUGAGAAAUGCAAAAAGGUGCCACUUGAAAGAUCCACUGUUCAGCUGCCAUAUAUUAACGUGAUUGUGACAUAGAUUUAGUAUUAACUAGAUGCACAACGAGAAACUGGCUCCCUAGGCAAACGAUACCACCAAAUAAACGGGCAAGCGACUGAAAACACUAAUAGAAAUCCUGAUUGAAAUUUAAAUAAGAAAAUGUUUACUGAAAAGUUUUCAAAGGUAAUAUUUGAAAUUUGUAAAUCGUCGACUGAAAUUUACAAAUUUCAAACGACAAGUGCAGGUUAUCUUUCUUUUGUGUGACACAAAUAACGUUUGCUGUAGCGAUUUCUCAAUCCUCCCGCUUUCAGGCGCAGCCUGUGGUUGCUCCUACGGAGUUGUGUGUCUAGUUAUUACUACGGUUAUGGAUUGUAAUCAGGAACGCGUUCAUGCUGUAACUUGCCGCCUGAGAUCAGAAUGCGACAGUUUCUUCCUUACCUGGCAGCAAUUGAGAUGACGUCUCAGGACAGUUGGACAAUCAGCAGACUCUAAAUUCAAUCAAACUUAAGUAGAUUGAAGUAUCAGUAAGGAUCUUCAUAAUAAGGAUCGCACAUGGAGAAGACUGAGCAACUUUUUAAAGUUAAGAAUCUGCUUUCAUAGCACCGAUGACGAUAUCGACAAAAUCACUAACAGAAAGGAAAGCCUCCUCAACCAAAAAAAAAAAAAAAAACUGUCCAGGAUCAAAAGUAUGAGGAAACAUUUUUUUUUUUCACAAAUACAAAAGGCAUAGUUCGUAACUCUCCAUAAGGUUUUAUAUUUUCUUUUUUUCAUCAAAAUAAAUCAUCCCGUUUCUGGUUAUCUAGUAUUUGAAUAGUGAUGACAAUCUUUCGCAAAAUCAGUUGAAGUUAAAACCAUGAUAUUUCUACACCAGGUUUUCUCAUGAUUCGUUGCAUACUGAUGUAGCACAGCUCCACAAAACCUUGGAAACGUCUUAUGAACUGAAAAAAUGCUACAAGAAUGUCAAAUAUGGUUGUCGGAUUAAUAUUCUGGCUAGCUUAUCUCAGCACCAUAGAAAAAUGCAUGUAAUUAUUAAAUGCAAGAAAGUCUUACACUCAUGGUUGAAAAUGUUAUUAUCUGACCUAUAAUAAAAAGGCAAAGUGUUUCGACGCAGGAAGAGGUAAGAAAACCAUGUUUGAGAUACAUUCCAUCGACUUUUCCAUCUUCACCGACUUGCCCAAAAGCACUUAUGCAGAAUAUUUCUACAUAAUGACAAAGAAUGCAUUUUCUCCUAUAAUUUUGGAAGACUUAUUCAUAUUAACACAAAAAAGUUCAAUUAUUGUUCUAUAUUUUGUAAAUUGUAAUUAA